GUAAGAGAAGACGUGUGUGCUCUGCAUCCAUCUCCUCACAGAGCUGCGUGCACAGAUGUGAGUUAAGGGCAUGCACUUUAACGUAGUUGAUCAUUUUAAUCACAUCCUACAAAGCAUUAAGUUCAAGUGACAUUUUUGGCUAGCCAGCAUUUCUCUGUAGGUGACACAGUGCACAGACUUGCAUUCAGAAGUGACCUCUUUGGCCAGAGUAGUGAAACCAGAAAGCCGUCCAGUCCCGGCAGCUGCUCCGUCUGUGCACACACUGACACGGAAUGACCAGUGCAGUUUUCCUGCUGCGGAAUCACUCAGAGACGUGACUAGUUCUGGAGCGGAGGCAUUGGUGGGCAACAAAAGCACUCAUGACACAUCCUCCUGAAAAAUAUACCGCAUGAAAACAAGACGCGUCAACCUGGAUUGUGGACCACAGUGCCUCAUUAACCCUCUCCAACGGUUGUACCUGAGCACCCUCCGCUGUUUCAUCGACUCGUCUAGUGAUGGCGUCGGAGCACGUGCCACCUUCUGAACUGAAGCUUCUCCUAAGAGUUCACGACAAACGUCCUUAGCAGCGGCAGCAUCAGGUCUUCACCAACAGUGAAGGGCUUCUUAGCUUCAGCAGCGCGGUCAGCCACUAAGAACAGUGCUCUCAGUGCAGAUACAUUCGAGGAGGGGGACUCCAACAGUUGCUUCUGUUCUUCAAGGGCAUGUUUUUUUUCUUUUGAAAAGCUCCAAAGGCUUGUUUUUUAAUGCAAGGUGCUUGGUGUCCCUGUGGUGAAUCAGUUGUGAAGGUUUUGUGACUUAAUUGGAUAGCCAGUCAGCACAUGUUAUAUACAAAGCAGGCUUGGAGAAGGCAAUUACUUCCCAAAGUAGGCAGAGGCGUGGGAGGUGGAAAAGGGGAAAGACUGCACUCACACCAUCCCUCUUUGCUGCCAUCCAGGGCUGCUGUCACCGUGAUCAGAGAGGAGGAAGAAACAUCCCAGCUAUCCCCAGCUGGUUCUGCUAUUGGGGGGCCUCCGCAGGGGCCCCCAUCAGGGCCCGAUGGACCUGGCUCAGACUCCACUGACCCGCCCUCACAUGGAAGAGAGAAGUUCUUCCACCAUGCAAAAAUGGCUGGUCUGGCUGUGACCGGAGGAGUGGUGGCUGUGGGCGCGGUGCCCGUGGUGCUGGGCGCCGUGGGUUUCACCGGGGCAGGCAUCGCAGCCUCCUCCCUAGCGGCCAAGAUGAUGUCAGCAGCCGCCGUUGCCAACGGGGGAGGGGUUGCCGCUGGUAGCCUGGUGGCCACUCUGCAGUCUGUGGGGGCGGCUGGACUCUCCCUGUCAUCCAAAGCCCUGCUGGGUGUGGCUGGGUCAUCUUUUGGGGCCUGGAUGGGGCGUUCAAAGCAGACAGACCCUUCCUCUCCACCAGAUGGACCCAGUGGAGGUGACUGUCAGGAUGGCAACCCCCCCACUGACAAGCCCCCUGCCUCCCCAAACUGCUCAAAGAAGGAUGAGAAAUAAAGAUGAGAUGCCGUGACCUCC